AUGCGUUUUAUAACUCCUGAAAUAGCUUGGCAUGAAACACUACCAAUUUACUCAUGUGAUCUACAGAAUCGUGGGAAUAUAUUAGAUAAUAAUUAUAACAAUAUCAGUGGUGGUUGCAAUGAUUCCAAAUCUAUCCGAAUCCCUCUGGCCGAAAUCAAUGUGAAAAGUGUUAAAGAUUUGGAUCCUGAAUCAAAUUGGACUCGAUUGGCUACAGCUGGCGGAGAUAAUUUUGUUCGUUUAUGGCGUGUGCAGCUGAACUGGUUGGGUACAACUGCAAUAAAAACAAAACAAACAGAAUCUCAGUGUAGCGGUAGUAUAGUGACAACUACACUGCAGAAAUCAGAAAAUGAGAAAUUGAAACAGUUAGUGCAUUUGGCUUCCUUAAAACGUCAUGAAAAACCUGUAAAUGUUGUUCGUUGGUCACCCUCAGGUGAAUACCUUGCGUCUGCUGGAGACGAUCUAUUCAUAAUCAUAUGGUCGAAUCAAACAGUUAAUAACGGAGUAACUUCUUUGGUGGAUAUCUCAAUUAGUGUGAAAGAUGACGACGAUUAUGAUGCAUUAAAUGCUGAGGUUUGGAUUCCUUGUCGAAGUUUGAGACGCCAUUUGGAAGAUAUCUACGAUAUUUGUUGGUCGCCUGAUGAACGUGCACUUAUUUCUGGGUCUGUUGACCACUCAAUUAUUGUUUGGCAACUUGACUUAGCUCCUUCGUCAUCUCCUGCAACGGCAGUAGAAGACGUGGGGAAUGUUGGUGAUACAGCUUUGGAUAACGUAAACUGCACCCGACCGGAGAAUACAACAGUGUCAAAUGCAACGAACAUUCACUCCGGAAUUAAAGCUUUGAUUUUGCGUGAUCACAAACAUUAUGUCCAAGGUGUUACAUGGGAUCCCCUAGGUUUUUAUGUUGCCAGUCUGAGUAGCGAUCGAGCUUGUCGAAUAUAUCGAGCAGGAACCAAAAAUUGUUUAGCUCAUGUAUCGAAGGCAGGGAAACAACGUUUGUUCCAGGAUGAUUCCUGGAAGUCAUUUUUCCGACGAUUAACUUUUAGUCCAGAUGGUUUAUUUCUUGUUUGCCCGUCGGGAAACCUUGAGGAGGCUCAAUUCGCAGAGAUGCAAACGUCAAAUAAUGGUGCUCAGAAUUCCGACAGCGUGCUGGCAGCUAUUCCACCGGUCGCUCCACAACAUGCAGCGCAUAUUUUUGUACGUUCUAACUUCACCCGACCGGUAGUCAGUUUGCCCACAGGCUCUAAACCAGUGGUUGCAGUGCGCUUUUGUCCUCAACCUUUUCAAUUAAGACAAACUAGUUUCCUAAAUCAGAACACUACAAAUCAAUGUACGAAACUGUUCAAUCUGGAUUAUCGAUGGCUUUUUUGUUUAGUGUUGGAGGAUAGUGUACUUUUUUAUGACACCCAACAAAGUGUACCGUUUGCGCAGGCUUCUCAAUUGCAUUAUCAAGCUUUAAAUGAUGCAACAUGGUCGAAAGAUGGACAUUUAGUUGUGAUCUGUUCUACUGAUGGUUAUUGUUCCCUUAUUCACUUCGCUCAUGGUGAACUUGGUGCGCACUAUCGAGGUGUAUUCGGUGCAUCUAGUCCACAGCCUGCUCCAAUGGGGACUGCUAUUGUUGGCGAAAUGGAUAAAUAUCCCUCUAAUAAUGAUGUUGAAAUGGAGUUAGUGAAACCAGAUUCUACAGUGAGCGAAACUCCUAGUUAUGAAAAUGAUUCAUCUAAAGUUAACUCCCCAUCUGUAGACAUGUGCGACUUAAAUAAGUCCACGAAUGACCAGAAGAUAACAGAUAUAAGAUCGGACAAAAGUGCUACGAAUUUCGAUGACCGUGUGCUUCCACCUAAACCGCAGAAACGACGUGUACAACUAACCACUUUAUUGUCGUUCGUGGAGGCGGAUAACAGUAGCAAUAAAACAAAAUUCCCAACGCUUCAACAAAGAAUGUCAAGAAAACGAAGUCAUUUAAAUCGUGAUUUCGUCUUCUUAUCAACCGGGAGUGUGUGUGGACUUAUCAGAAAUGCAUUUUUCUUAUGUUGGGAUAUUCUGCAUUUAUUUGAUUGGCGUGCCUAG